AUGCUAAAGUUUGUAAUUUAUGGAAAAAAUGGUGAGUGGUCUCUUCCAGAUCCUAUGGAUGAUGUUACUCAAAACGCAUGGGAACAGGUCUCCAAGUUCAAGAUUGUGCCUGAUAGAGAGGAUAGGGUCAACUGGAAAAUUGAGAAGAAUAAAGCCUUCUCCAUUAGAAGCUUAUACUAUGGUAUGGCUCCUAACCCUAUAAAAGUUGUGUGGUACAAGCUGGUGUGGUACAAAGGUUACAUUCCCAGGUAUUCCUUUAUUGUCUGGUUAUGCAUGAAGAAAAGGCUUUUGACUAAAGACAAGUUAGUGAAAUGGAAGGUUAUUGACUCAGACCUUUGUAGCCUUUGUGGUAGAGGGAAAGAGACCCACUUCUCUUGUAAUUUCUCCCAGGGCAUUUGGAGAAAAGCUCUGAGGGACUUGGGUUUUGACAAACCUACUUAUCCUUUGAACAGAGAAGUCGAUUUUUUCCUCAGAAGAACUUCUGGUAGAUCAAGUGAUUCUAAAGCCAGGAAAGUUAUGCUUGCUGCAACCAUCAACUUUAUUUUGAGAUCCAAGAAUGAAGUCAUUUUUAACCAGAAUAGUCUGUCAGAGGAGCAAGUAUGGGGGUAG